AUGGCCGAACCAGCUCUGUUCCACACUGCUGCAAGUAUCAUUAGGAGUUUGGGAUCUCUUGCUCUUCAAGAGAUUGGACUUCUAUGGAGUUUCAAAGAUGAGCUUCAAAAGCUCGAAGACACCGUUUCCACUAUCCAAGCUGUGCUUUUGGAUGCAGAGGAGAAGCAGGCCCAGAACCUUGCGGUCAAAGAUUGGCUUUGGAAGCUGAAGGAUGCCAUGUACGACGCCGACGACUUGUUGGAUGACUUCUCAACUCAACUUCUACAAAGACAAGUGAUGACACGGGACAAGAAGAUGGCAAAAGAGGUACGCAUCUUCUUUUCCAAAUCGAACCAGCUUUUAUAUGGCUUUAAAAUGGGUCAUAGGAUCAAGGCAGUUAGGGCGAGAUUGGAUGAAAUUGCAACUGAUAGGAUUAAAUUUGACUUCAAUGAGCACACCACAGCGACACAGUUUGAGCAUAUGAAAAGACAAGAUACACACUCAUUUGUACAUGGGGAAGAUGUCAUUGGGAGAGAGGAUGAUAAGGAGUCUGUUAAAAAUCUGUUAUUCGAUCCCAAUAUGAAUGAGAAGAAUGUUUCCAUAAUUCCCAUAGUUGGGAUUGGUGGACAAGGAAGGACCACGCUUGCGCAGUAUGUGUACAACGACGAGGAGGUUCAAAGACAUUUUGACCUGAGUAUGUGGGCAUGUGUCUCUGAUCCUUUUGACGUGAAAACUAUCGUUGUAAAGCUCAUAGAAUCUGUGACUAAGGAGAGACCUAAAAGCCUUGAGAUGGAUCCAUUGCAAAGUGAGCUUCGAGCAAAAAUUGAUGGGAAGCGAUAUUUACUUGUUUUAGACGAUGUGUGGAAUGAGAAUCGUGGUACAUGGUCCAACUUGGAAAAGUUGUUAGGGGGUGGCCUGAGAGGAAGCAAAGUUUUGAUUACUACACGUAACGAAAAGGUUGCAGAGAUUACAGGUACAGUUUCACCAUAUCCUUCGAGAGGUUUAUCUAAAAACAAUUCUUGGAAUUUAUUUAAGAAAAUAGCAUUUAAAGACGGGGAAGAGCCAAAUAAUCCAAAGCUAGUAGAAAUUGGAAGGGAGAUCAUACAAAAGUGUGCACAAGUUCCUCUUGCUAUAAGGAGCAUUGGGAGUCUAUUAUAUUGCAAAAAUUCAGAAGAUGAUUGGUUGUACUUCAAAAACCCUGAACUUUACAAAAUAACUCAACAAGAAAAUGAUAUUUUUCCAAUACUUAAGUUGAGUUAUGAUCAUCUCUCAUCACACUUGAACCAAUGUUUUGCCUUUUGUUCGUUGUUUCCAAAAGAUUAUGAAAUUGAAAUGGAGGUGUUGAUUCAGUUAUGGAUAGCUCAAGGCUUUCUUCAUUCAUCGUAUGCAAAUAGACAUCUUGAAGAUAUUGGUCGCGAAUAUUUUAUGGAUUUGCUUUGGAGGUCGUUUUUCCAAGACGUACAAAGAGAUAUAGUUGGUGAAAUAGAAAAGUGCAAAAUGCAUGACCUUAUUCACGAUCUUGCACAGUCAGUAGCAGGAUUUGACGAUGCGUUUAACUUGAACAACGCGGUACUUCAAUUGAAUAAGCCAGUCUCUAAUACACUUAUUUCAAGUUUUAAAUGCUUGUGUGCUUUGAAUUUGAGUCGGUCGAGUAUUCAAAAAGUGCCGAAUUCCAUUGGCAAGUUAGAGCAUUUAAGAUUUCUAGAUCUGUCUAGGAAUGCAGAUAUCAAACUACUCCCUGGUUCUAUAACUAAAUUGCAGAAUUUGCAAACACUAAUACUUUACUAUUGUAGUGGGCUCAAAGAAUUGCCAAAAGACACUAUAAACUUAAUCACCCUUAGGCAUCUUGGGCUAAAUGGGUGUAAUAGCUUGACAGAUAUGCCUCAUGGACUGGGAAAGUUGACCGCUCUCCAAGCACUGUCGCUAUAUAUUUUAGGAAAGAAAAAAAGUUCUCUCUCCAAGCACAAGGGUGGGCUAGGGGAUCUAGAUGGUUUAGAUGAGUUGAGAGGAGACUUAUGGAUCAAGGGUUUAGAGCAAUCAAGAUCUUCUCCAUCAGAAGCAAGGGCUGCAAACUUGGAGAGGAAGCAACACCUUCGACAUCUGAUAUUAGGGUGGGACCUAAAACCUAGUGAUGAAAGUGAUAAGGCAAUUGCAAAUGAUGAACAACUGUUGCAAAACCUUCGGCCACACCUAAAUUUAAAAAUAUUAGUUAUAAUUGGGUAUGCAGGUGUGACGUUAUGUAGUUGGGUGUCCUUGCUCUCAAAUUUGACUUGUAUUCGAAUAGCAAAUUGUAAGUGGCUUCAACAUAUCCCACCAAUGGACCGAUUCUCUUUUCUGAAGCGUCUUUAUCUUGAAAACUUAAGUGAGCUUGAGUACAUAAGCAAUGAUGGUAGUGACGUGUCCUCUUUUCCCCUCAAAAUUCUCUCACUUAUUAAUUUGCCAAAGUUGAGGGGAUGGCGAAAGACGAGGGAAACAGAUCAUCUUCCAUUAUUCCCUCCAUUUCCUUCCCUUUCUCAUUUAUUUAUCAGUAAUUGCCCUAUGAUGUCCCUAACAACAUCCUCCUCUUCCUCUCCCCUUUCCGAUCUCUCCAAAUUGAAGUAUCUUUAUCUUGAGGAAUUAGAGGAACUUGAAUAUCUGCCACUAGAGUGGCUGCAAAACCUCACUUCUCUUGAGACCCUGGGUUUUUGGAAUUGUUGUAAAAUGAGAAUAUCCAUGUCUCCACUCUUUCAACAUCUCACCUCACUUGAAAAUCUGUGUAUUUGUUGCUGCAAAGAACUUAUCAGCAAUGAGAAUGAAGAUGGCACACAUUGCCUUGGACCUACAACAUUUGGUCAUCUAGCUAUCAUAGGCGUUCCAAAUUUGGUUUCUCUCCCAAGAGAGCUUAGAGAUGUUACCACUCUGCAAGGGAUUCAAAUUAUGGAUUGCCCUAGUUUGGUGUCUUUACCGGAGUGGAUAGGCGAUCUCACUUCACUUCAGGAGCUUGGAGUCGUAAAUUGUCCGAAUUUAAUGUCACUGCCCGAAGGUAUGCGCCGCCUCACCUCUUUACGUCGUUUGACAAUUGCGGAGUGUCCUUGCUUGGAGGAAAGAUGUGAACAAGGAACGGGAGAGGAUUGGCCAAAGAUUGCUCAUGUCCCAAACUUUCAAAAUGGCGGCGAUGGUUAUCGUAAAGAAUGGGGAGCAAGCCUAAUUCGCCAAACUUUUGAGGAAGAAUUAAAGGCUUUUGGAACAAAGUAUGGUUAUAUAGACGCUUCUUCAGACCUUGCCGACAAUCAGAUUUGUGCAAAGCUCUAA